GCUGGUGCCGGGACAGAGAGCCUCUUUGUUUAGGUCUGAAGCAACAUGCCUGGAAAACGCACUGCCAAGAAGAGCCCCACGCCAGAAGAAGGGUCUCCGGAAAGGAAGAAGCUCAAAGUCUGCCACGCUUCGCACCGCACGCGGCCCGGGCUGGUGCUCACACUGGGCCAGGGCGACGUGGGGCAGCUGGGCCUGGGCGAGGAUGUGCUCGAGAGGAAGAAGCCGGCGCUGGUGCAGCUCCCGGAGCUGGUGGUGCAGGCGGAGGCAGGGGGGAUGCACACCGUGUGUCUCGGCGAGACGGGCAAGAUCUACACCUUUGGCUGCAAUGAUGAAGGCGCCCUUGGCCGCGACACCUCCGCAGAGGGCUCGGAGAUGAAGCCAGGGGAGGUGCCGCUGCAGGAGAAGGUGGUGCAGGUCUCUGCGGGGGACAGUCACACGGCCGCGCUCACGGAGGACGGCAGGGUUUUUGUCUGGGGCUCUUUCCGGGACAACAACGGGGUGAUCGGGCUGCUGGARCCCAUGAAGAAGAGCUCGAUCCCUGUGUUACUUCAGCUCGAGGCGCCAGUGGUUAAAAUCGUCUCAGGGAAUGACCACUUGGUGAUGCUGACGGUGGACGGCGACCUGUUCACGUGUGGCUGUGGCGAGCAGGGCCAGCUGGGCAGGGUGCCGGAGCUCUUUGCCAACCGCGGCGGAAGGAAGGGCCUGCAGCGUCUGCUGGUCCCUCAGCGCGUGCCCGUCAAAGGCAGAGGCAACAGAGGCAAGAUGCGCUUCCAGGAUGCCUUUUGUGGCGCUUACUUCACUUUUGCUGUCACGCAGGAGGGCCAUGUCUAUGGUUUUGGCCUCUCCAACUAUCACCAACUGGGGACCCAGGGCACCGAGCCCUGCUUUUCUCCACAGAACCUGACAUCGUUCAAGAACUCCACCAAGUCCUGGGUGGGCUUCUCCGGCGGGCAGCACCACACGGUGUGCAUGGACUCGGAGGGUAAAGCCUACAGCCUGGGCAGGGCUGAGUACGGCCGCCUGGGGCUCGGCGAAGGGGCGGAGGAGCAGAGCACCCCCACGGUGAUCCCGGAGCUCCCCAGCAUCUCCUCCGUGGCGUGCGGCGCAUCGGUCGGCUACGCCGUCAGCAGCGACGGACGAGCGUUUGCCUGGGGCAUGGGCACCAACUACCAGCUGGGCACCGGUGAGGAGGACGACGUCUGGAGCCCUGUGCAGAUGACAGGCAAGCAGCUGGAGAACCGCGUGGUCCUGGCCGUGUCCAGCGGCGGCCAACACACCGUGCUGCUGGUGAAGGACAGGGAGCAGAGCUGAUGAAGCGGCUCCGCGACGCGGGCCUGCGCGCACACACUCAACACCCGCCCUCGGCCCCGGGGCGCUCAGGGCGCGAGGGGGGCCGGAUCCCGGCUCUGCUCCCCGGGGUCCUCCUGUGGGAUGUGCUGGGGAGGAUGGGAGACUCACAGAGCUGGGCCCCGCAGUCGGGAUGCUCCAGGGGCCCUGGGCACAUGUGUGGGGCUGGAGCAGAGCUCCUCAGGGUGCUCCCUUUCCCCCUCUGGAAGCUGCGUCUGUCUUCCCUCAGUGCCAGGUGCUCUCUCAGCUCCCCCAGUCCUGCUUGGUCCCAUAACAUGGAUUUGCAAACUGGUUUUUGUUGCAUUUAAAAAAAAAAUCCUGGCCCGGUGAAGCUGAGGGUCUUGUCCCUUCCUCCACAGAAGGGUUUGGGCUUCUUAGACUUCCCAGGUCUCUUGUGCCCCUCUCCAGUUGCUUGGGAUGAAUUCUCACCGUAAAAGAAACAUUCCCGUGUGGAGGGUCAUGGGGGAGGCUCCYAGCCGGGUUUCUCCCGCAUGAUGCCUCCCUCGCGGGGAUCUCCUGCUGUGUCGGCAGGUGGGACGGGGCCUGGCCGGGCUCCAUGGAUGCGGCCUCAGCUUCGGAGCCCCGGUCCCUGCUUGAGGUGGUGGCUGCUGCCUCCCUCACGUGGCUGCCCAGGGCUCCGAGCCCCAAUCCCACCCGAAGGCAGGCGAGGAGCAGCUCGCCCCAUCGAACACCUGGAUUUGCCAGCGACCCGGGGCUGGCUCCUCCCACCCUCCCUGCUUUUCACACCCCGGACACCUUUGGAAAUCCAACCAAAUGUGUUUUCCUCUCAGGAGUUGUUCUUCUUUCUUUGCUUCCUUUCUUCUCCCUGCUUAGGGCCUCCCUGCGAAGGCAGAGGCCAAAAUCCAGCCCUGCCUUUGUCCCCACAAAGUGCCCGGCCUGUCCCUUGUCCCCAGCACCGGCAGCUCC